AUCAAAUGAAAUUUUACGUCAACACAAAAACAAAUAAAUAAUAUUUUAAUUUAUAUAUUAUAUUUUUAACGUUUAAAUGGAAAACCUUACACCAUCUUUUGUAAAAAUCAUCGAAUGGAAGAUGCUCGACAAGAGAAAAUUCUUUCCGCUUUCAAUGUUGAGUUCGUUUAGUGUUCGUUGCACACUUUAUCCUUUGACAUUGAUUAAAACUCAGUUGCAAGUUCAAAUUAGAAAUGAUGUUUAUACAGGACUUAUUGAUGCAGCAUGCAAGAUCUACCAAAGAGAAGGACCAAGAGGCUUGUACAAAGGAUUUUGGAUUUCGUCAAUGCAAAUAUUUUCAGGCGUUUUUUAUAUAAGUACGUAUGAAGGUGUGAGACAUUUACUCUCCAAAUAUGACACUGGUGAAAGAGCAAAAUCAUUAGUCGCUGGCGGAUGUGCUUCGUUAGUUGGCCAGACGUUAAUUGUUCCAUUUGACGUUAUUUCACAACAUGCCAUGGUACUUGGGAUGGGCAAGCUCAAUCCACUGGGAAUCGAAAAUAAACAAAAUCAAAACCGAAUGCGUAUAUCGUUGGAUAUUGCAAAAGCAAUCCUACAGAAAGAUGGUUUUCGAGGCUUUUAUCGUGGCUAUGUGGCAAGUCUGAUGGCAUAUGUACCGUCGAGUGCGAUAUGGUGGACGUUUUAUCACUUGUACCAGGAUAAUUUAAUUAAUAUUUUACCACCUAAUGUUUCACAUUUAUUUAUUCAAUGUGUUGCCGGAACGAUGGGUGGAUUCAGUAGUACUUUAAUAACGAAUCCACUGGACAUAAUACGUGCUAGAAUUCAGGUCCAGCGCCUUGAUUCAAUUCCUUUGGCGUUCCGUUUGUUGUGGAUAGAGGAGAAUUCCUUGAAGAAAAGAUUCAAGUUACUUUUCAAAGGUCUUUCUGCACGAUUGUUGCAAUCAGCUGCAUUCUCUUUUAGCAUUAUACUUGGUUAUGAGUCGAUAAAACGAUUAUCAAUUCAAGAAGAAUACAAACAUUUGGUUCGUUGGUAAAAAAAAAGGAUAUACCGAAGUGCAUUUAUUGUUUAAAAAUGUAAUAAAUAUUAAAUUGUUUUUUCUUCAUAUUAUCGAAAA